GUUGUACUUGGUUACCAUUACAUCCGGUAAAGGCCUUCGCGCACUUUGCAAAGAAGAAAAAUGUGGAAAAAAACAGGAAGCUAGCAGCCUUAUCAUACAAACAUUCGGAGGAGACGAAGAUUCAUUAAAGAUGUGAUUUAAGCUCUUACUACAAUAAGCCAUAAUCUAAAGAUUCAGAAAAAUGGCAGAGAGGUCCCCCCAUUACACUUCUCAGGGACUGAGCCAUAGCUUCAGUAUGGCAAGUCUGGCUGAGGGGAGCAGUGAGCCAAUCUCUGAAGCUGAAGAAAUCAAUGAGAUGAAAUCAUUAACUGAUAUGGGUAAUAAAGCAAUGCAGAUCAAGGACUACAAAGAUGCUAUCAAGCACUAUGAUGAAGCUCUAGAAAUUGACGACAAAAAUGUGGAGGUUUUGAAUGCCAGAAUACUGGCGUUUAUUGAAAUGAAAGACUUUAAGAUGGCCCACAAGGAUGCAGAAUACUGGGUUUCAUUGGACUCAGACAGUGCAGAGGCUUUCAGAUUGUUAGGAGUAACUCUGCAAGAACUGGACAGAGCUGGAGAGGCUUUAAAUGCCUUCCUGACUGCCCUGGACCUGGACACUCAGAGAGCUGAUGACCUCACCACCAACAUAGCAACUGUGGCAACAUUUUUCUGUGAAAUACCCCCUGAUGUUCUUAGGAAAAUCAAUGGUAUGGAUCCGUACAAGAAGCUUAGCGAGGUUGGAGUCUGUUUGUUUCAAAGCAAACAAUAUGAACUAACAAUCAAGAUUCUGGAAGCAGCUCAGAAGUUUGAGACAAACCAGAAAGGAAUCACUAUGAGAGUUCUUCUAACCAUGGCAAAUUCCUUUUCAGCUUUGAGAAAGAAUGAGCAAGCCAUUAACUUGUACCAAGAAUGCCUGAGCACAGCCAUGGCAACCCAUGAACAAAUAUAUCAGACAAAAUCAUUGGUGAACAUUGCGACCCUAUAUUUAGAAAUUAAGGAUACCCAUCAGGCCAUAGUAUAUUAUGAGAAGUUGUUAGAUUUAGAAGCAGAAAUCAGAGAAGAAGCUGGUUCUGAGGAAAACUUUCCUGAUUUCUGGACGAGAGAGUUACAAUGCGGUCUUCAUUUGAAUUUAAGUAUUGCAUACAAAUCCAUAGGAAAUAUGGCUUAUGCUGAGAAACAUGCUCAGAUAUAUGUGAAAUUACUCGAGAAAUUUGGGAUUGAAGGUCAUGUUCAAUCAGAGUCAUAUCACAACACUGGGAUGCUCAACGAGAUUCUAGGCAAUUUCAAUGAGGCAUUGAAACAUUAUUCAAUGUAUCUGAGAGUCUGCAAAAAGAGUGGUGAUAAGAAAGGCAUGGCCCAGGCUUAUGGCUGUUUGGGUAGUGUUUAUGCUGCGAUCAGAAACUGGAAACUUUCAAUAACCUAUCAUGAACAGCAUAUUGCUAUGGCCAAAAAAUUCAGUGAUCCUAAACUGUUAGUGAUAGCUUAUGAAAUGACGGCAGACACAUAUAUGGUAAAAGAAGACUUUGAGAAAGCUGUUGAAAAUUACAAUCAGAUGUUGAAUUCAUGCAUUAGAACUGAUUACAGAGCUAAGUCAAUGGCAUUCUGUAAACUUGGCAAUGCUUACAGAGAUAUGAAAAAAAACCAGUAUGCAGUUGGAUUCUAUGAACAGGCAUCAAAUCUAGCAGAAGACUUUGAUUAUGUGGAUAUUCUAACCAUGUGUCAUUAUAACUUGGCCUGCAUCAAGAGACACUCGAAAGAAAUGAUGGAAAUUGAAGAAGCUAGGAAAUACUUUGAAAAACUUAUUCCUUUAUUUGAAACGAAAAUCCGAGAGCACCGAAAUGAAGACACAUACUGUCCUUCGGAGUAUCAUGAACAGCUGAGGGAGUGUUACGAUGGAAUUCAAAAUGUUCUGUGCAAAAUGGGAAACAAAGAGGAGUGCUUACAGUAUGCUGAAGCAUACAGAAAGCGGUAUAUUACCCAGAUUCAGAGUCACCCAGUGUCUUUCAUAAGUUACGGUCCCCAGACAGAUUUCUGGGCUGUGGACAGAAUGUCUCGCCUGGUUAAUGAACAGAAUGCUGCUGUGGUCUAUUAUUCGGUUCUCAGUCACCGAGUUCUGAGUUGGGUGUUUGUGCCUGGCAGUGGACUUGUUCGGUUCUACUCUGGAAAGUCAGCAGAUGUAGAAGAUAUGCAAGAAAGGAUCCAGAUUUGUUUGGAUGGAUUAAAAAACACCCCGGACUGGAAAACUAUGCAGAACUCUUGUGAAGACCGAUGUUUACCAUUCAGAAAUUCUCGAUUGCAGUUUGUCAGAAGAAAAAAUUUAGCUCUCGGUAAUGAAAAACAACAAAAGGAAUGCAACAAAGAUUUCCUAGAAGAGGGAAGUCCAAACAAAAUAUUGUUCAAUCUCCUCUUAGCCCCAGUGGAAGACAUUCUUAUGAAACUUCCCCAGAAGAGCCAUCUUAUAAUUAUUCCUGAUAAAAACCUGUAUGACUGUCCAUUUGGCAUGUUGCAGGACUGGAAUGCCAGGUACCUGUGUGACAGGUUUCAUUUAACACUGUUACCCAGCUUGUUUGCUCUAGAAAAAGUAAUUAAUAAUGAGGUCAACUAUAUGAAAGCUCAAGAUGACCUUGACUUUGAAAGGAGUCAAACAAGAAAAGGUGGAGUGAACAAAGUACUGGCUCAGAUGGUGAUGACGAAUGCAGUCAGUCCUGACGUAGAUAUGGAAGACACAUGUACACAUGACUCGUAUGACUUAAGGAAAACUGCCAACCCUAGACUUCUAACUACCCUGAUGGGCAUGCCGGCUUCAGCAGAAAGCAGAAAUGGCGAAAAUGAUACAAAAUGCCAGAUUACUUCCUCUCAGCAGUCUCCCAGAGGAGGUUUCUCUUCUAGAAAGCCCAUACCUGGAAUCAUAUCUCACAACACUGCAAAUAGAUACUAUUCUCAGAUUGGUAGUCCAUUGCCCAUGGAAAAAAUGCUGAAUGCCCACACAUACACAACAAUGACCAAUAGAACUUCAACAGGAACUGACAUCACGUCCUCUACACUGUGUAUUACAUCGUAUCAGCAGAUCUGUGAUGCUGAUAAAUGUGUGGUCUUUGGAAAUCCCUUAAUUAAUGAAAAACUCCUUGUCCAUGACUGUGAGUGGAAACCAUCUGAUGUGUACUUACCAGCAGCCAAGCGGGAACUGAGUUCAGUAGCUUCCUAUCUCAAUGUUGACCCAAUCACUGGUCCAGAUGCCACCAAAGAGAAUUUCAUAUCCAGCACUGAAAAGGCCACAGUUAUUCAUAUCGCAUCCUAUGGUUGUUGGAAGGAGGGUUAUAUUGUCUUCACACCUGCAGAAGUUAAGUUACACUCAGGCCCCCCUCAGCAGUCCUCGUUCAUUCUGUCUCUAGAGGACAUUCUACAUUUGAAGUUGAGAGCCCAGAUUGUAGUCCUUAAUGUUGGAUAUGGCCCCAACAGAUACGCAGAGUCCAUUCCUCCUGGAUUUACCCUACCCUCAGCUUUCCUCAAUGCUGGUGCACAAUGUGUAUUAGUCAGCAUGUGGACUCUGCCAAACAUUGCCAUGGAGAAAUUUUACUACCACUUCUAUACCACCUUAAAUGAGGGAGCACUUGUCACAGAUGCUCUUGGUGCUGGCAUCAGAGGCCUCCGGGCAGAUGAAAGGUUUAAUGAUCCCUUCUACUGGUCACCAUGGAUACUGAUUGGGAAGGAUGUCAAGAUAAAUUUGAUGCAGAUUCAGCAUUCUAUGUUGGAUCAGACCCUCAAUAAAACUGAAAAAGAUUUAGAGGAAGAGACAGGAAAAGAGUUACUGAAUCCAAAGAAUGUGCUACCACCAGUUCCAUCUCGAGAGGAAAAUCUCCAGACACUACAGGAAUGUUUGGCCUCUCUGCUGCUCCAUCAUAAAGGUCAUCCAGAGGUCAUUCCCAAACUCAUUGAUUUGCUGGACAGUGCCUUAAAGAGACUUCAUACAGAAGAGAACAACCGCCAAACCACACGGUUACCAGAGUGUGUCAUACAGAGUGAGAAGGCCAUGGAGAUGUUGAGAUUACUGGGCUUCCAUUUCCAGGCCAAGGGGGCAUCUCUCACUACACCCUAUGUUAUGUACCCCCACUGGAACAGGGACGAGUUGCUUAUUCCCUCAUAUGAUGCUCUGAGAGCAAUCACUGACAUAUCUCUUGAAGCAGGCUGUGUACAUGCAAUCUAUGACAUGCUACCCAUUAGUCAGGAGAGCAUCUCACUUCUAGUAGAUCUACUUGCCAUUACAAAGCAUGCCUCUGAAGUCCAGCUUAAAGUCAGUGAUUUGUCUGUCAGACCAUUGUGGCAGAACAGCCGGAUAAAGAAAGUACUGACUGCCACAGGCUUUCAUCAGAUAGGGCUGCUGCUUAAUUUCAAUAAGACACCCACUCGCAAACAAUUGUUGAUGGCCGUGUUGCAGUUCAUGCUGUCAGUUAGUGCAUACAAAAGUCAGGUUCUGUUGUAUCGGCUAGACGUCAAUCUACUUGGCAAAUCUAGUGCUUCGAAGAAAGCUGACUCAACAUUUGAAAUGAGCAAACUGCCAUCUCUGACUCCAGUCAUUCUGCCAAGAAAUCAGAAACUCGGAUUUUCUCUGAGUGAUUCUUUGACCAAUCUGAGAGACUACAGAUUAAGGAUGAGUACUCCUUGGCUCAGUCGACCUGAGAAACCGGAGGAAAUGGAAGAGAAAAUCCGACUCGCCAGAAGUAAAUCAAAUGUUGAUGAUGAAUUCAGGGAUCAUUUAGAGAGAGCUAAAACCUGGCAUCAAAUUUCUGCCAUAGCACAGGCCAAUGAGAGUCUUGCCCAAUAUGGCCGUCCCAAAACAACCCCCACAAAGGUCAAAGUUCUUCCUGGUGCCAAGGCAUCCCAGCAGAGGACACCAGUGAAGAAGGAACGCUUGCUAGUUAUUCCAGAAGUAGACCAGCGUAGAGACUAUGCUGGCUUUGUUUUGCAGCAGAGAAUGGACAAUAUUGAUGUUCAACACAAGACUGAAGUCAUGAAACUCUACUUGCCUUACAUUCAGACCACACCCUCUUGAACAAAAAGAAAAGUUUAUAGAAAUUUGUUUACAACAUCAUCACAAUUUUUAAAAAGUGACAAAAUAAUAUUGAUCUCCUGUUUAUAAAUGGAGAGAAUUUGCCUCAAUAGUACGUGUGAUCAUUAAUGUUUUAUAGGUCGCACUAUGAUGGUCCAUUAUUGGCCUGAGGUUUACAAUAUUCACUGAGCCAAAGGCAAGUUGAAUAUUGCUUUCUUUCAGGGUCAAUAAUUCUGAUCACCAAUGAGCAAGAAAAAAAUCAAUAAUCGUUAUGUAUUUAUUUUUUAAUGUAUGAAGAUAAUGUACAUGUAAAAGAUAUAUGGAUUUCCUAGAUUUUAAUUUCACAUGAUGAUAUUCACUUUCUUUCAAGUACCGUAAAGGCAAUGCAAGAAAAUGGGUAGGCAUUGUGUGUAAUGAAAUACUGACUUCAAAGAUAAAAAUAUUAUGACUAAGUUUCAGUCAACCUCAGAACAGAAAAAUAUCCAUUAAUUCCUACAGAAUUAAGAGAAACUGCACUUGAAGUAUUACAGGACCAUUCCCAAUUUUGUGUUUGCUGUGGCAGUUACAUGUAUUUACAGAGGUAUGAUGACAAUUAAUUAUUAACUUAAUUCUGUUAUGUUUACCAGUUUUGAUAUAUAUGUAUUUUGAUAAAUGAUAAAAUCUUAGAGAACAGAAAUUUGAAUAUUGAAACUGUGAUACUCGAUAUUGUUUGCAUUAAUUUAUACAAAAAUGAAGUUCAGUGGUGAGGUUUUGUAAAAUGUUUGUUGUAUUGCAUUUCUGUGAUAGUUUUUUUUUUUUUACUUUCACAAUUAACUUUUAAACAUAUAUAUUAUGUAUUUAUCUAUCUAUGUUUUGAUAAGGUGUGUAUAUUUUUACAAUUGUGUUUUAUAUUUGAUAUCAUCUCUUACCUUUGUAUAAAAUGUUUUAAUUGCUAUAUAUAGUAAGGAUAAUGUACAUUGUUUGGUUCCAGACAAGUAUAUAUACUAUAGUAGUCCUAGUUGUAUUGUUUUCUGCCUAUAGUUAUACACCAUACUUUGGCAAUGAAAUUGUAAAUGUUGUAGUAAAAUUGAGUGUGAUUAUUUUAUGCAUUUGUAUGUGGUUGAUAAGUCACAGGUAUGACUUGUCUAUAUAGUGUUGAAUAUACUUUUUUCUAACUUGGGAAAUAGUAUGUUUAGACCAACAUCAAGUGACAGCAAGGAGUAUACUUUAACAGGUGUUUAGGGAAGUUGAACACCUGUAGCUCAAUGUGUAGAACAUUUGCAUUGUUCUUGGGACCAGCUGAUGGACAGUUAUAAAACAACUUCACUGUGUUUUGUUAUGUUUGUGACACAUUGUUUACAUGCAUGAUGCAGGAAGAUUACUUGCAACUAGGAUGUUUGCUAUAUGACACACUUGUUAAAGUUCUUUCUUUCUAUACCCUCAAUGUACAUUCAUUUGUUCUUAAAUGCUGGCGUUAUUAAAGAAAAUUUAACAGUAAA